CCGGGUGCGAGUGGCUGCGGGAGCGGGCGGGAAGCGGCGGUGGGAACGGGCCGGGCCGGCCGGGGACCCGCCAUGUGAGAGCCCCCGACAGCCCCAGCUUUGUUUGCUGAAUAAAAGAACUGUCCUGCCCAAGCCAUCUCUGAAUGGAUCGCUGUGAUCACAUCACUUCUGGUAAACAUCUUGCGGUCCUUAUUUCCCACCUCAGAUAUAACGGGUGGGAAAAAUGUCUUUUACAUCACAACUGUAAAAGCUCAAAUGAAGGCUGGCUUACCCAUUUUCAUCAAUGACACUGAUAACUUAGAGAACAUGUUUAGUGAUUCCGAUAACUUGAUUUUGAAUGCUCUGUGAGAGUUUUUUCCAGUUUUCUAAAUAGGUAUUCAUUACCUGGAGAUAGUGUCCAGUCAGGAAGCUGGCUCUCUUGUGUUUGCUGAAAAGAAGUUCCAUUUGUGAAAAUUAUGAAUGUUAGUUUUAAGUGAAAGUCAGCUGACAGAGCUCCACUUCUUCCUUUCAGGCUUUUUAUCGUAUUUCUACCUGUUGAUUUUGUUUUUAGAAUACCUGAGUUUUCAUAAUUUGAUUUAAAUUGUUCAUAUGUCCCAUUACAGCAUGUAGCAUAAUAGAAAAAAAAAAUCCACUAGUAUAUUGUGAUACAUUGGACAUGCUUCCUGCAUCUGAAGUCAAUGGAUGAUGUUGAGAUCUCUUUGUUCAAUUGGAAAAGCAGAUUACUCUUUACAUCAGUAGAAAUGGACAGCAGCAGUUUCAUUCAGUUUGAUGUGCCAGAGUACAGCAACACUGUUCUGAGCCAGCUAAACGAACUCCGCUUGCAAGGGAAGCUCUGUGACAUAAUUGUGCACAUCCAGGGGCAACCGUUCCGCGCCCACAAGGCUGUGUUAGCUGCCAGCUCUCCAUAUUUCCGUGACCAUUCAGCAUUGAGCACCAUGAGUGGCUUAUCCAUAUCAGUAAUUAAAAAUCCCAAUGUUUUUGAACAGUUGCUUUCUUUCUGUUACACUGGAAGGAUGUCUUUGCAGCUGAAGGACGUUGUCAGCUUUCUGACUGCAGCCAGCUUCCUGCAGAUGCAGUGCGUCAUUGACAAGUGCACGCAGAUCCUGGAGAGUAUCCAUUCCAAGAUCACUGUUGGCGAUGUUGAUUCUGUCACUGUUGGUGCUGAAGAAAAUUCAGAGAAUCGCAAUGGCGUUAAAGACAGCAGCUACUUUGCCAACCCUAUUGAGAUCUCUCCUCCCUAUUGCUCUCAGGUGCGACAGCCAACAGCAGGCAGCGAUCUGAGGAUGGAAACUACUCCAGGCAAAACUCUACGGAGUCGUCUGCAAGAAGAAGGGCAUUCAGACCGAGGGAGCAGUGGUAGUAUCUCUGAAUAUGAGAUUCAGAUUGAAGGUGAUCAUGAGCAAGGAGACCUGAUAGUAAGGGAAAGUCAGAUUGCAGAGGUGAAAGUUAAAAUGGAGAAGUCUGACAGGCCAAGCUGCUCUGACAGCUCUUCCCUCGGGGAUGAUGGAUAUCACACUGAAAUGGUGGACGGAGAGCAGGUGGUGGCAGUAAAUGUUGGUUCCUAUGGGUCUGUCUUACAACAUGUUUAUUCAUUUACCCAUGCCUCAUCCCAGGCUACAGGUGUGUCAGAAACCUUUGGGAGCCUGAGCAAUACAAGUCCUUCAAGGUCAAUGCUGAGCUGUUUCAGAGGGGGUCGUGCACGCCAAAAACGAGUACCUACAGGUCACUUGCAUAGUGAUGUCCAGGGCUUGGUGCAAGGGGCUGACAGUGAAUCCAUGGUGAGUAAUCCAGGAUAUGAAAAUAGUCCACAGGAAAGAAAUGCAAGAGGUCACUGGUAUCCAUACAAUGAAAGGCUAAUUUGUAUUUACUGUGGGAAGUCUUUCAACCAGAAAGGGAGCCUUGAUCGACACAUGCGAUUGCACAUGGGAAUAACUCCUUUUGUGUGCAAGUUUUGUGGAAAGAAAUACACCCGUAAGGACCAACUUGAGUAUCAUAUUCGUGGUCACACAGAUGACAAACCCUUUCGCUGUGAGAUCUGUGGCAAAUGCUUUCCUUUCCAGGGUACACUAAACCAGCACUUGCGAAAAAAUCACCCUGGGGUAACAGAAGUGAGAAACAGGGUCGAGUCUCCAGACAGAACAGAAGCGUUUGUGGAACAGAAAGUAGAUAAUGAUGCUUCAGCUUCUGAAGCCAUGGAUUCUAGUAUGGAAAUUCAUGCAAUCUCUAACACAUCUGAUUAAAAUACUACAUUUUAAGUGCAACACAAGACAAGCACACUACUAGUGUAUUUUUAAAGUAUUUUAUUCUUUUAGUAAUCUUCAGUACAAGUGUAACAGCCUUUUAAUUUUCCUGACCUUCUGGAAAUCGGUUAGAAACGGUUUCUGGAGAGGACUACACAAGUAUUCUUUGUUUUUGAAGGAGGCUGAGUUGUUUGGGGUUUGUUUUUUACUUUUGGAGAUGCUCAGAACAUAAAGACUGUGCUGGGGAAAAGAUAGGAAGAGUCUGCUGAAGUGUCCCUGUUGAUUGAUCUGGCGAGACACAAACUCCAGUGGAGAAAGAUAUUAGAAUAAGAUUGGCAGCUCUGCUGGAUGCUCCAAGAAGCUGUAAGUUCCCUUAUUUUCUGAAAUCCUCUUGCUGGUAAUGAGUUACACAGCAGUGGGGAGAGAGAAUAUCAUAGCUUUGAUUCUUCUUGUGUCACAAUGAAAUCUGUUCUUACUAACUGGUUUUGGUAGUGAGUCUGUUUAUAUAUAUAAAUUUGCUUUAUAUAUAUAAAAUGUUUUCACUUUUCCUAUUCUGGUUGAGGUGAAUGUAAAAGUAUGUCAAGGCUGAUACCAUAUACCACUCUUUCAACUGCUAGGACUCCUCUCUGCUUAGGGUUUAGGACUUUGGACUUUGGGAGGAUGGUUUUGGUUUUAAAUGAAUGUUGUUUGGUUUUCAUUUUAUUAAACUGUUACUUUGUGUGCAAAAGUGAGCAAAGUGAAUUACCUUGUUUUAAUAGCUUUGCUUUAUAACAUAUGUAAACCAAAUGCCAUAAAUCUAUUAAAUUAUGGUUAAACUGUUGAGGGGUUUUGUUAGUUGUCUAGAAUGCAAGCUGGACAACCUGUGGUGCUGACCUUUUUAUAUAUAUAGAGAUAGAUAUAUCUAUAUAUAUAUAUAUAUAUAUAAAUAUAUAAAAAAAUAUUAGCAAACUUAAAAGUAGCAUUGUGGUUUUAAAUGUGUUUUGGCUGGCCUCAGAAUCUACCUUCAUUUCGUACUGUAGAACCAUACCAGGUAAUUAAAUUUAACUUCAUCACUCUUCCUGGUUGGUUAAAACCAGAGAGAGAUGUAGUUUCAACCACAGUAUUUCCAAGCAGUAUUUUAAUAGGUCUCUUCACAGAGAACUGUUUUCAGGUGCACGUUGACUUCCUACUUAAAGCUCCAAGUGAUAUGCCAGCACUUGGAAUUUGUACUUUUUUUUGUAUAAAAAAACAAAUACUCUAUGGGAAUAUUGAGCAAUAUGUCUGUUAUUUCAUGUGUGAGUAUUACAGAGUUGCUAUGGCUUCUCUGCUAUUUUCAGUGGUUGUUUUCUGCAUAAAGGAGCUACCAACAACUUUAAAAAUACUCUAAAUCUUUUUGUUUCACCAAAUGUAUGUUUUUAAAAUGGUGCUAACUUCAUCAUUUAGGUCAGUAUAAUAUAUAAAAUGUGAAACAUAAUAGUAACAGUUAAGCAAAAAAAAAAAAAUAAAAAUUCCCUAACAAUAAACAAACAAAA